UCGUUUAUUAAACAACUUGUACACACCACCAACCAAACCAAAAAAGGUGCUAAACGGAACUGAAAAUCCAAAUUCGAGAACACACAAACUCGGAGAAGAAGAGAAGAGAACCAUUCCUUCUUCCUUCGUUUACUCUCUGACAUCUUCAAAUCUCCUAAACCCUAAACCUUAAUUGCCCCGAAUUCGUUGUUGGGAGAUACUUACUGCUUUGAGUCAGUCAGAGGUGGUUUAUGUGAGGUAUUGCUCUGACAUAUACAUACAAAAAUGGCGUCUCUGGGUCUGUCGUUUCCUCCCGCCUCCAAAACGCCGACGUAUCUAGCCUCUUCGUCUUCAUCUUUCUUCUCUCACUCUUCUCUAUCACUCAAGACCUCUCUGUCUCGCUCCCGGAACUCUGUCUUCGCUUCUGUUGUUAAAUGCGAUAUGCCAGAGUCAUUGAAUGUGGGAAACGGGAAUCCAAGUAUCCCAAUUAUUAAUGAGAGGACACUUCCAAAGUUCUUGGAAUCUGCAAGGAUGGAGAAAUCAGUCAGUAGAACCAAUACAAGGCUGAAGUUGUUCUCUGGUACUGCAAACCCUGCCCUUUCUCAGGAAAUUGCUUGGUAUAUGGGAUUGGAUCUUGGGAAGAUUAAUAUAAAGAGAUUUGCUGAUGGAGAGAUCUACGUUCAGUUACAAGAGAGCGUUAGGGGAUGCGACGUGUAUUUGGUGCAGCCUACUUGCACUCCCACAAAUGAGAACCUCAUGGAGCUUUUGAUUAUGGUAGAUGCUUGCCGGAGAGCAUCAGCCAAGAAAGUAACUGCUGUGAUUCCGUAUUUUGGAUAUGCAAGAGCUGAUAGGAAGACACAAGGGCGUGAAUCCAUUGCUGCCAAAUUGGUUGCAAAUCUUAUCACCGAAGCUGGUGCAGAUCGAGUUCUUGCAUGUGAUCUUCAUUCAGGACAGUCCAUGGGUUAUUUUGACAUUCCAGUCGACCAUAUUUACUGCCAGCCUGUGAUACUUGAUUAUCUUGCUAGCAAGUCAAUUCCCUCAGAGGAUUUGGUAGUGGUUUCUCCUGAUGUUGGUGGAGUAGCCAGGGCACGCGCUUUUGCAAAGAAAUUAUCAGAUGCACCACUUGCCAUUGUCGAUAAAAGGCGUUCUGGACACAAUGUUGCUGAGGUCAUGAACCUAAUUGGUGAUGUAAAAGGGAAGGUUGCAAUAAUGGUGGAUGAUAUGAUUGAUACCGCUGGAACCAUUGUGAAAGGAGCAGCUUUGUUACACCAGGAGGGUGCUCGGGAGGUCUAUGCGUGCUGCACACACGCUGUUUUCAGCCCGCCUGCAAUAGAGCGAUUAUCAGGGGGAUUGCUUCAAGAAGUGAUAGUGACAAACACAUUACCAGUAGCAGAAAAGAAUUACUUCCCACAGUUGACAAUUCUAUCAGUGGCUAAUCUUCUGGGUGAGACCAUUUGGCGUGUCCAUGAUGAUAGUUCCGUCAGUAGCAUCUUCCUCUGACCACCUCUCUCAUUGCCAACCAUUUGAACGGAUUCUUGGUUUUUGUUAGUCGGGUGAAGGGUCGGUUUAGAAAAUUUAUCCCGGUUUAUGUUCUAACCGGCAAGCUUCACCAAAUUUGCUUGCUUUUAUCUUUUUGAUAGCUUUUAGGCUUCUUCUUAUUUAGUACUCCACAUCUCAUUAUGGAUACACCAAUUUGUUCUUGAACCUAUUUUUGAUUAUGGUACGUGUACACAAGCUUAAUAUAUCAAACUUCAUUUACCA